CAUUUAUUGAGAUUGUAUGAACCUCAUGUUGAAUCCAGAAACUUAUACUCAUCGCCUUAUACAAUAUCCACCCAUACCUAACUAAUAUAGGCUCACUUUAAAUUCUCAUACCUAGAUACCUACCUACCUAUACAAACCCUACGAAACCAUGCAAGCCACCAAACCGCCGCAUAACCCUUCGUAAAAGCACCAUAUCCGAAAGGCAACAGCACCCACACCCAAACUCACACUUACACAACCCUCCCCCAACCGCCACGCCACACCACAAUGCCGUCCCUCCUAGGCCACCCCUUCCGCGUGCUCAUCUACACGACCAAAGCGCUCGCCCUAGGCCACCUCCUCGUGACCUACGGAUACAGCACGGGGUACGGGUGGGGCCCAUCCAUGCUACCGACGUUCCUGACGAUGAACGAGUGGUUCGUGACGGACCGAUCGCACCGCCGGGGCCGCGGCGUGCGCGUCGGCGACUGCGUCGUGUACAGCAUCCCCGUCGAGCCCGGCGAGGAGGGCAUCAAGCGCGUGCUGGGCCUGCCCGGGGACUACGUCCUGUUGAAUUCGCCCGGCGUCGGCGCUGAUACUAUGAUACAGAUACCCAAAGGUCACUGCUACAUAGUCGGAGACAACCUCCCCUGGUCUAGGGAUAGUCGCGACUUUGGCCCUAUUCCCAUGGGUCUCAUCAAGGGUAAAGUGGUUGCCAAAGUGGUCGUGAACGGUUGGUGGCCGUUUAAUUGGUUCACUAAGGUGGAAAGCGGUCUUCAACCUGUAUUGGAUUCGCCUAAAACAUGACCACUUCCAUCCCUGCUAUGAGUAUAGCUAUAUUGCGGAAAGCUCAUGAGCGUAUCAUAUUUGUAUUACAAUUUGCAUUGCAUAGAGGCGUCUCGGAAGCAUUGUUUACCGGAUAUCAUUUUUGAUGAGGAAGGGCAAUCUAAUUACAAGAGUUAAACUCCGCGCAUGAGGCUCACAAGAGUAACUCAUGACUUACCGGGAGUGCUUGGUCAAGUAGUCAUCUUUUCAACCGGCUACGCCGCCGCGUACAAAUGAGAUCGAGUGUGU